AUGCCUCAGAUAUCUUCAAUAACUCAGGAGGAUAAAUCAAUUAUUCGAAAAUAUAUCCCGAAAAGCACGAACAAAAUCCUUGCGGCUGGCAUUGCGAAAUUAUAUAUUGCGUAUCCAGACCCAAACAGAUGGUCUUAUACUGGGCUCUGUGGAGCAGCAGUCUUAUGUUAUGAUACGACUAUGAAAUGUUGUUGGUUAAAACUUGUUGACGUCGUGGGAAAUGGAGGAGUUUUGUGGGACCAAGAAUUGUAUGAAAAUUUUGAAUAUUUCCAAGAUCGCACAUUUUUCUAUUCUUUUGAGAUCGAUCAAUGUUUUGCAGCACUCAGUUUUUCCGAUGAAAGCGAGGGAUCCAAAUUUUAUCGCAAGGUAAUUGAAAAAGGCUGCCACCCAGAGUCCGUAGAAAAUUCUGUGCUUUCAUUUCUCACACGUAAGGGUUCCAAACGCUCGUCCGGCACUAGGCAACUCUCUAACUCUUACACUGCACCUUCGUAUCCUACGAGAGAAAAGGAUGCGGUUGAGGGUAAUUCAUCAAAUCUCGAUCUUGACCCUAGCCUUAUUGACUCUCUUGUGAAAAUGGGCAUUUCGAAGGACCAAAUUGAGCAAAAUGCUGAUUUCGUCAUGUCCUAUAUUCAUAGUAAUGCUCCUGAAGCUUCUCACACAUCAUCUCCACCUUCUGUACCUUCCGUUCCUUCUUCUCUCCCUCCCUCCGUACCUAAUGUUAAUGGACCUUCUUUGUCAACUCCCUCUAUACCUAAUCAUGUUCCUAACGGAGCAACAUCUACCCCUUCUUCUCAUUUACCUCCUCCGCCACCACCACCGGAAUCUGCACCUUCAUCGCAAAUUCGAUCUCCUUUGACAGCGAAGAAAUCGUCCGUACCUCCCCCUCCCCCUCCUAAAUCUAAUUCUUCUGCUAUUGCUGCAAACAAGAAGAGGGCACCUCCCCCACCUCCUUCCCGUAGAAACAAGGUCAAGUCGCCAUUGUCGAGUGCAGGAUCUACAGCUACUUCUUCAUCACCUUUUCCCCCACCUCCACCACCUCCUAAAAAUGCAACGUCCCCAACUGGUCGAACUUCAACGCAGGCGCCUCCACCACCUCCUCCACGGUCUGCUACAGCUCGACAUACCCCUCCUUCUCAGUCUCAAGCUCCUGCAAUUCCUGCCCGCUCCGUUCCAAGUUUGCCUCCUCCGGAACAAGCUCCUACUUUUGACACAGCGCCUUCUCCAGCGUUACCUGCUACUUCACCUCCUCCAUUGCCAUCUGGUGCUAAUACCCCAUCUGCACCACCACCACCUCCACCGGCUCCUGCACCCGUACUAGCAGUUCCUGCACCUGCUCCACCGCCAGCACCAGUGCCUCCCGCACCAUCCGUGAGCGGUGAUUCAAGUGAUUCAGCACUUCCAGUACAGAAUGGUAGAGCUGACUUGAUGGCGAGUAUUCGUGCUAGCGGCGGUAUUGAUUUGUUGAAAAGUAGAAAAUCUACUUCUCCCAGUGUUAGUUCUACACGUACUUCAAAUCCUCCUCAAGAAGCGCCUUCUAGUAAUAAUUUAAUGGACGCGCUUGCUAGCGCACUGAAUCACCGUAAAACAAAAGUUGCUCAGAGUGAUGAAGAAGAUCAAGACGACGAUGAAUGGGAUUAA